AUGGAAGUGAAGGAAGAGCAGGAGGAGGUGGAAGAGAUGGAAGGGCAGGAGGAGGUUGAUGGACAGGAAGAGCAGGAGGGGUGGAAGAGAUGGAGGAGCAAGAGGAGGUGGAAGAGAAGGGAGGGCAAAAGAAGGUGGAAGAGAAGGAAGAGCAGGGGGUGGAGGAGCAGGAAGAGCAAGAGGGAAUGGAAGACGAAGAAGGGUUUGGAAGAGAACGGAAGAGCAGGAGGAGGUGGAAGAGAAGGAAGAGGAGAAGGGGGAGCAGGAAGAGCAGGAGGGUUGGAGGUGACAGGAAGAGGAGAAGGAGGAGGAGAUGGAAGAGCAGGAGAAGGAGGAGAUGGAGGGACAGGAAGAGAAGAGCAAGAAGAGGAGGUGGAAGAGAAGGAAGAGCAGGGGGUGGAGGGGCAGGAAGAACAAGAGGGAAUGGAAGAGAAAGAAGAGCAGAAGGGUGUGGAAGAGAAAGGAAGAGCAAGGGCAGGAUUAACAGGAGGGGGUGGAAAAGAAGGAAGAGCAGGAGGGGUGGAAGAGAAGGAAGAGCAGGGGGAGGGGUGGAAGAGAAGGAGGAGCAGGGGGGUGGAAGAGAUGGAAGAGCAGGGGGGGGGUGGAAGAGCAGGAGGGGGUGGAAGAGACGGAAGAGCAGGAGGGGUGGAAGAGAAGGAAGAGCAGGAGGGAUGGAAGAGACGGAAGAGCAGGAGGGGUGGAUGA